GAUAUCUUCUGCACUUUUCCCGAAAGCAUAGAACUUGUCACUCGGAGUCAACAACACUGAGAUGCAUAUCGGUUAUAAAUGCAAGAUCACAACAGAAAUAACAUUUAUAAGAUGAUAUCGCCGAAAUCAGCCACACUUUAACCUGUAUUCUGGAGAGAAGUACCCCAGUGUUAAAAGAAUAAGAGGAUAGUACCAAAUACUGCGCAAAUAUUGAUAGAAAAAGGACAUGCUAUAAAUGAAGACCUCCACUCAAACCAAACAUAUCUGAUUUCAGGAUCCUGCAAUGUCAUGAUUCUACAGCACUUUGUAAUUAUUUUAACAUUGCUUUGUGUGAACGGAGAGAUACAGCAAAGCCAUUUCAAAUUUUUCGGAGAAGUUUUCAAAAAUGAAGGAUCUCAUGUGUUAGUGCAGUAUCCCUCUGUUUCCAAAAGCCGUUGCGCUGCCCUAUGUAGGGAAAAUACCAGAUGUCAGGCCUUUGAGAUUUGUAAAGACGACCCUCAAGAAUGCCGACUGACGAAUGGGGACACUCCUGUACAAAAUAAUAAUUCUUCUCAUCCAAGAUGUCAGUUAUAUUACAUGGUGAACGACUGCGAAUCAGGGCACUGGGACAGAAUCCAGGAAAAAUGUGUUCAACAAAAUUCAACUAAUGCCAUCCCAAUCAACAACUGUGUGGAUUGUCACUGUUUGUUAGGACUUCUGUCCGUGUUAGAGGGAGGGGAGACAACCUACACUCUAUCUAGUGGGAAAACCCUUUUCUGUGAUUUAGAAUUGGGGAUACUACCAUUGUAUAUCUACAAGUGGACGAUAAUUCAGAGACACACAAUGGGCGGAUACGUUGAUUUUGAUAAGGACUGGAACGAGUAUAAACAUGGAUUUGGAUCUGUGACGUCAGACUUUUGGAUAGGAAAUGACGUCAUACAUCAGAUAACAAACAACGGAAACACCUUCCUCCAGAUUAAGAUGAUCAAGACAUCUGGUUAUUCGAUGACUGCAGAGUACUCUUUCUCUGUCGACUCUGAGAUGAACGACUACAGGCUCCAAGUUUCUAAUUUUCGUGGCAGCUAUGGGACAGGGGACCCGUUCACCACAGGCUGUCCAGAAUGCGCGAACGGAAUGAAGUUCACAACAAAAGAUAGAGACAAUGAUAAUAACGGAACCGGAAAUUGCGCAGUAGUAAGCAAAGGCGGCUGGUGGCAUAACUUUUGUCAAAGGUCAAACCUGAAUGGACGAUUUGGUGAAACUGACUAUCGGCUCGGCGUUAACUGGGAUUCCUACACUAAUCUUCGUUAUGUCGAGAUGAGGGUUAGAAAUCCAUGAAGAGUCAAAAAAUAUUACAUACUAUUUUUUAAGUUGUUUAUGAGUUGUUCUAAUAAAAUUUGGGGAAAAAGUGA